CUCUGCAGGACGAAGAGAGGAGGUUCGAGUUCUGUGUCUCCAAUGGGUCUUCAGAAAAACGGAUAUCUUACAUUUUGGGGAAGUGGCUUUACCAAAAACAGGAAACCCAGCACUGCAGUUUAUGUACCAGUAUAAACUGAGAAGCACCAAGUAGAUACGCAGGAAAAAAAACACCAAAGAAGACGACUACAAGCACCCACCAAAUCAUGUUGACUUGGAUAUUUGCAUUUUUCAUCCCUUGUGUAUGCACAGGAAUGGGAACACCAAAAUUAUCCCUGGAAAACACCGUCUUUGUGGCCUUCAGAGGCGAAAAUCUCACUAUUAAAGGUGACUUGACCAAACCAGCAAACCAAAGUGGAGACAAGCUGACAUGCACUGAUCCUUUCAACAAAAAGAUAUAUAGUCGUACAUUUGAUUUGCCUGCUGCCAAGGCAAAAAAAUAUAACCUGACUUUGGUGAUAAAAAACCUGAACAGUUCAGGUGAAUAUUAUUGUAACUAUAAAGAAGACAAAGUGUACUGGUUUCUUCGAAUAAGAGAUAAAGGCUACAGGGAUAUGGAGAAAAUUUCGGAUAAAGCAAAAUUCAUCACAGUGGCUGUCUUCACUGGUAUACUGCUUCUUUUCAGUGUGGUCGGGUCAGUGUAUGUCUUCAGAGGACAUUGGCUGAUCACCAAAUGUGGUGAAACUGGCAAGAAAAGAAAGCAGAACAAUGAAGAAAGGGAAGAGAGAGCAGUGGAGGAAGAUGUAAAAACAGUUCCAUCUCCAUCUAUCUAUGCUAGCCUAGAGCCUCGGCCUGCAUCCAUUUAUGAUGUGCUGGAUCACUCAGCUGCCAACAUAGAGCCAGACCAAGAGCAAGCUAAACCUGAGAAAAAGGAACCACAUAAAACAAAGGUGCAAACCGCACAACACCAGGAUGAAGGCAUGUUGGAGUCUGUCUAUGAGAACUUUUGAACCAUAAAUAAACUCAGCUGAAUAUGAUACUUAUAUUAGUAGGUGAGGUGGUCCAAGUUUGCUUUGCUGUGCCAUUGCCACCUGUUACAAGCAACAGGAAAGGUAUUUAGGUUCUUUAAAAAUCAUAUGAAAGCAGCAUUUUAAUUUUGUUGUUUGUUGUUGCAGUGGAAUAAAUUCUACUGUUGUGAGGUUGCAUUAUGAAUAUGAGUAAUAUGACUUUUUACUUUGCAACUAUAGCAGUCAAAUAAAUGUACUGGAGAAAAUGUGUACUGAAAUAAAAAAAAUAAAAAAACGCUGUA